CCCAGAGGCCCUGCAUGAGACAAGAACGAACAGAAAAUGGCUCUCCUUAUACAGUCACAGAGGAUGUACAGGGGAAGCUGUAGUGUGAAUGCAAUACAUUUGCUUCUUGUUUUGCUCUACUGGCAUGGCGUGAACACAGAGACCACCUUUUCUCCAGGGAUAAACAAGACUAUAGCAUAUAAAGGUCAAAGUCAUGAGAUCAAGGAACACCUUGAAAUCCUGAAACCUCAAAGCAUAGAGCUUUUGUGUAGCCUGACUGAUGUUCCAAGUAAAAGCUCAAACAUAACAGGCUUUUGGAGAAAAAAUGGCAAAAAAAUAGAAAACUCCACACAAACCUUUUACAAGAACAAUGAACCGUAUAUCCUUAAAAAUAUCUUUAAUAUCCAGGCCAUUGAUCUAGGAAAUUACUCAUGUGUUUUUACAUAUUUGGAAAUAGAGGAACAAGUUACAUUUACUUUAAAAGUACCAGCAAUUAAAGACAAGCGAGACAGGCCCAUAGUGAGCUAUGUUGGAGAUUCAGUUGUCUUGGAGUGUCACAUGAAGCCCAUUCCGAACACCUGGGUAUGGUACAAAACCAAUGGCACUGAAAAGGAGCUUAUCAAUGCCACCGCUGACCCCACACACUACAAGAUCUUCAUAGACAAAAAUACCACCAAACUCACUGCUAUGAAGUUGACUGAGGAAGACUCAGGAAACUACACAUGCAGCGCAGUUUUCGAUAUCAAACCCACCGAGUCACAUGUGGAGCUCAAAGUUCUGUCCUUCACAGAGCCGCUCAAGCCGUUCAUAGCCAUAGCUAUCGAAGUCGUCGUCCUUGUUACUCUCAUCUUGCUCUAUGAGAAAUACAGCAGCAAACGUAAAAGCCACGCUGGAAGCACAGAGAACGGAUUGUAUGAAAAUGCACCGACACGGGAGGAAAAUACCAUGAAGGACGGAGAGACUACGACCAGACAAAGAAAAGUGGAGCACUAAUACAGCAGCAGUUCCACUCAUUAGUAAACUUGCUGUUUAAAAUAAUUUAAAACAUUCAGCAUUUUACAUAUCCCUUUAGCAGUAUAUUGUUAUAAGAACAAUAAAAGGACAUAUAUAUAAAAUUCACAUAUCAUCCUCUGAAAAACAUUUGGGUGCUACAUUUAGAACAGUGCUCAUAAUUUUAUCUAACAAAAAAAAUAUUGUAAAAUAUUACAAUAUUUGUAUUGUGAAGCAAUAUUAAAUGUUAUAUAAAUAAUAAACAAACAGAUUUAAAUGUUUGUCCUAAUGCUCUGUCUAAUGUGAUGCUUAUUGUGAGUGUAUUAUUCUAGAAAAAGGCCACAGGAUCAAAGAUUGUGUGGGGAAAAAAAAGUAAAGCUUAUUUUAUUUUUAUUAUUAUUUUAUGGAUUUGAGUUAUUGGAUAGAAACAAUAAAACCUGUCUAGCUUUCUGUGUAAACAAAUUAAAGCUUAAAGAAACAAAUAUUAAAAUCUUAUACUGUAUCAGACUUCAUAUCCUGUAUAAAAAUGAAAAGCUGGUGACAUUGGUGUCCAUGACCAUAAUGUUUUAAUGUAUGUUUUAAUUUCAUUGACUUCAUUGCUUUAGUAGCAUAUGGUUGCUGUUUUCAUGUUUCGCACGUUUUCAAGCAUGUGAAAGCAUCAUAGCACUGUAUAACGUGUUUAUAAUGCCUUUAAACUAUCACAGGUGUGUGCCUCUAAAACUUUCAACAUCCCUAAUGCAAUAAUAUACAGCAAAACUACCAGUCUUAUAUGGCUUGCAGGGUAAUAUAAGAAGUUGUUGUUUUGUGUAAUGGUAUUAAAUGAUGAUGAUCACUUGAAUAAUAAAUUCAUAAGAUAAAA